AUUCUACACCAUCCUUUCGUUCAAACAUAUUAGAAACCGUGCUUAGCGUCGCAAUUAUUGUAAAUGGCAAAAAAAUUUCACGGUGUCGUAUGGAUCCGAUCCGACUCAAAGCACACUUUUCACCAGCCAUAAGCCACCCGCCUCAAAGUCUACGCGCUUGUCUAGCCGUGUUUAGUUAGUUCUACAAUGUAUACGCAAUCGGAUCGUGCUAACAAGAGUUGUCGCGCCUCGGUCGGCCGUGUAAAUAUCGCGAUAACGGUGAUCUGUUUCGCGUUAAGUUGUUUGGUUACUCUUACGUCCGGCGGAAAAUCGAUCAAGAAUCAAUCUAACGGUGUAGUCAAUUACUGCGGGGAAAACAAACUGUGCCCGGAUGGAACCCGACACGUGGUCUGCAAUGGGUACAGCUUUGGAAGCAACUGCACCCGCCCAAUGUUGAUCAAAAUGACUCAAAAGUUUGUGAAUCUUAUUCUUAAUUUUCACAACGAGAAACGCAACAAGUUGGCCUGUGGCUCUAUGAGACGUUACGCCUCGGCAAGUUCCAUGCAAAAGUUGCGUUGGAACGACGAGCUGGCUCAUAUGGCCGAGUACAACGCCAAAAGUUGUCACUUUGCCCACGACCAGUGCCACAAUACGCCAAAGUUCCGGCACAGCGGCCAGAGCAUCGGGAUGAAGUGGUUCCACGGACACAACUACACUGCGCCCUACGUGGUUCGGGAUCUGAUGCGCAAAUGGUACGUGGAGCACAAAAUGGCCAAGCAACACGAUGUCGAUCUUUGCAAAUACUCUUCGGAAAGCUACAAAAUAGGACACUUCACUCAGAUGAUCCGGGCGGACACGACCGAAGUGGGCUGUGCACUGGUGCGCUUCCAGAAGCACAAUAACAAUCUGAAGUUCGUGCACUACUAUCUCGUUUGUAACUACUCCGAAGGAAACGUUGAGAACAAGCCGAUUUACAAAAGGGGCGAGCCCUGCAGUGGCUGUAAGCUGGGAUGCGCCGGGCCCAAGUUUCGGUGUCUCUGUCGAGGUUAAUAUAAAGUUGUGCGUUUUGUGACGUCGAAGAAUAUUGAAUGUAUUAUUUAUUAUCCAAAAGUGGAAUAUUUUCUGGAUUUAUUUAUGAUUAAACUGAUAAUCAAUAAACUGAUGAAGUAUACAGCUCAGUUA